AUGUUUUCUCUUCUUCAAGGCACUCAUACCCCCUCUUCCAUCCACGCCUCCCCCAGUGGCAGCCCGCCCACAUCCGCAAUGGAGCCUCAACAACAAGUUUCCCAACCUACACGACCGCGCCGACGCAUCGUUGUGGCCAUGACAGGCGCCACUGGCGCAAUCCUCGGCAUCAAAGUCCUUAUCGCUCUUCGUCGCCUCAACAUCGAAACCCACCUCGUCAUGAGCAAGUGGGCCGAAGCUACAAUCAAAUACGAGACCGACUAUCACCCAUCCAACGUCAAGGCGCUGGCAGACCACGUGCACAACAUUAAUGACAUGGCUGCGCCGAUAUCGAGCGGCUCAUUCAAGGCUGAUGGUAUGAUCGUCGUACCAUGCAGUAUGAAGACACUUGCUGCGAUCCACAGUGGUUUCUGUGAUGACUUGAUUUCACGAACUGCGGAUGUCAUGCUGAAGGAGCGGAGAAAGCUGGUGCUUGUCGCACGGGAAACCCCUCUCAGUGACAUCCAUCUGAGAAAUAUGCUGGAAGUCUCACGUGCGGGUGCUAUUAUUUUCCCUCCGGUGCCGGCGUAUUACAUCCGUGCGGCUACUGUUGAGGAUUUGGUUGAUCAGAGCGUUGGCCGCAUGCUGGACUUGUUUGAUCUGGAUACCGGGGACUUCUCCAGGUGGGAAGGCUGGGAGAAAUGA